AUGAUCAAUAUAUCCAAUCCAAAUACAUCAACCGCUAAACAAACGCCAUCGCAAGCUUUACUUACAAAAAAGCGUGCCUCAGCACCAAAGAAACGUCAAGACGAGUUUGAAACCAAAGCGCUAAAGAUCUUGGAAAAGCCGGACAGCAUACCCACAAUCAGUGAAGAUAAAUCGUUUUUUGAUUCCAUUUUGCCGAUUGUAGAAAACUUUGAUGAAGAUGACAAACUUCAAUUUCGCAUAGAAGUUUUGCAGCUUGUACAACGUUUUAAACGAAAGCAAAAAUGUGAUGCUUUAACAUGA